GCUGGCUUCUUCUUAUAUUUUACUAAUCCCUGUUGAAAACGACAUACCCCCACUCGACCAAUGUUGCCAAAAUAUUUGUUUUGUUUCGGUCGUAUAUUUGUUCUGAUUAAAAUAUUCUAUAUUAUGUACCAAUUUCAUGGAAAAAUCAAAGAUUUAGUCUUUAUAUCCGCAUUUAAACGAUCAUAACGUUUUUUCCAUCGGAAUACAGCAAAACAAAAUAAUAUAUAUUCGUUGUUGGACAUUACGAAAAAUAUCUUCACGCCUCUUCAUUUUUGUAAGUUGCUUUCUGAGUCAAGCAACCUCUGUCACAAGAAUAAUUUUCUCUGUUCGGAUUUAUAUUAAAUAUUCUAAAACUACUUUUCUGCAAGGUUUAAUUUUUGUUUUGGAGGAAUGUAUAGGUUUUUACAUGUGAUUGUUUCGGAGAAAACAGCAGUAGAAAAUACACUCUCCUAUUUACACCGAUGAUCGAUUCAGUUGAAAACUGUAAAAUUCAACUGUAUCGAUAAUACCAAAGGAAGAACAAGAAGCGACUUCCGGGAUAACUUUCUCCCUGUUUGCUCAGUACUUCCAAUUUACUCGGUACUGGAACAAAGACAAUUUUUACAUGAUGUUCAAAAUAUUUUCAUACUUACGCUACACAGCCUGUUGAUUUCGAAAAGAGGCAUUUCCGCAUUACUCCGCACACAGAACAGAAUCCACGAUAACCGCGCUACCGGAUCUCUCGGGAAUUUCAGUUCUGGAUAAUAUGUUUGAUUUCGUCUGCCAAAUAAUGCCUGCACUUCAUAAUUACAGACGGAUGUUAUAGAAAGAAAGCGGUAUCUCGAGAAAACAAAAAAAUCAACACGGUUAACAAUCGUCGUUUUAUGUUUGAUAUCACAAUAUGACAACACUUCCAAGCAGCCCUUUGGUACUUUUAGUUUCCAAGCCGAAGGUUUGCCUAUGUCACUUUCGUCCAAUCACGAGCUGGUUCAGAAUUGGUUCAAAAACAGAAGACAGAGCUGGCGGAUCCUAUCCUAGGCAAAGAGAAAGAAAAUCACGUUGACGGAUGGAGUUAUGUUGUUGUGAUUGUUGUAUUUUUAUUGGAUUGCGGCUUUCGGCAUUCCUGACUUGGUCGGAUUUUUGUUUUAUUUUACUAAUCGCAGUUUCAGUCUAGUUUUGAUGUCUGCAUAUGAAAUUUGACGGUUUUGUUGGAUAUGUACAACGUGACUGAUAUAGUACCGGUAUGAGAUUGUUUUAAUAUUUCAUGAUAGUACACCAGUAUUUGUGGCUAAAGACAUCAGUCUGUAUGAAUUAAAACAAUAUUGGCGAACGUCGCGAUAUGUCGGAUCACGGAUGUUCUCAUUUUGCAGCUUUUGUGAAAGAGUUUGGAUUGGAAUCAUUCAGCGUUGUGCACGCCUAUUUCAGCGUAUGCAUCAAUAAAGAAGCUCGACGCCGAAAGGCCCUGUCUUGUUUGUGUUAUAAGUGCGGUAGUUCCGGACCGCAAUUAUAUUCGUGCCUGCACUGCAUUUUUUUCGGUUGCAAGGGAAUCCACAUUAACGAGCACUGCAAGCAAACUAAACACUACAUCGUACUGGAACUAUGCUACGGAAUGAUCUACUGCUAUCAGUGCAAAGAUUUUAUCUACGACAGCGAAUGUCAGACAAUAGCUGAGAAACACAUCAAGAAGGAAGCGAAAAGCUUAAACAAGAGUUUAUCUUGGCGUCCUUGGUCGCCAUCAAAACUAGAGAUUGAUUUGCUGCUGAAGAAUCCAAAACGGCGGCAUGUGACUGCUUUCACCAGUAUUGGACUACGGGGACUGCUGAAUCUAGGCUCGACAUGUUUUAUGAAUUGCAUUGUACAGGCUUUGAUUCACACUCCGCUAUUGAGAGACUAUUUCCUAUCUGAAAGACACGAGUGCCCCGCAAAGACGUCGGCUAAGUGUUUAGUUUGUGAAGUAUCUCGCCUAUUCCAGGAGUUCUAUUCCGGAGCUAGAGGACCACUUUCACUGCAUAGACUGCUUCAUUUGAUUUGGAACCAUGCGCGUCAUCUUGCAGGUUACGAACAGCAAGAUGCGCACGAGUUUUUCAUUGCUACACUGGAUGUGUUGCAUCGUCACUGUAAAAUUUCGAUGAACGAAAUGGCAGCGGAGAAGUCUAAGCACUCACAGCAACAUCAACAACACGACACCAAUCCAACUCAGUGUAACUGUAUUAUCGAUCAAAUCUUUACUGGAGGUCUUCAGAGUGAUGUUGUCUGCCAGGCAUGCAAUGGCGUAUCCACUACUAUUGAUCCCUUCUGGGAUAUUUCACUUGAUUUGGGUGAAGCUCAGAAUCAAGGCUACGGCGGACCACCGAAAUCUUUGAUUGACUGUUUGGAACGUUUCACGCGAGCUGAACAUCUAGGGUCGAGUGCCAAAAUCAAAUGCUCCAGUUGUAAGAGCUACCAGGAAUCAACUAAACAACUCUCAAUGCGAACACUGCCGAUUGUAGCCAGCUUCCAUUUGAAGCGGUUCGAGCAUUCUAGUCUGAUAGACAAAAAGAUCUCCACAUUCAUCUCAUUCCCAUCGGAGUUGGAUAUGACCCCAUUCAUGUCCAAAAAGAAGCCUGAACAACCUCAUUCGUCGUCAUCGUCAACAACCGCAUCCCCUCCGAAAUCGUCGAAGAACUCAACGGAUCGGAAACAUGUCAGUAGCGGAAGCAGUGGUGGUCAGAUCAAUGACGAAAGUUUUGCCGGUCCAUCACACGAUACGGGUGAUUUCCGCUAUUCACUGUACGCUGUUAUCAACCACGUGGGAACACUAGACGCUGGUCACUACACGGCAUAUGUUCGACACCAGAAAGACAUUUGGGUCAAGUGCGAUGAUCACAUCAUUACUACUGCCACUUUAAAGCAGGUUCUGGAUAGUGAAGGCUAUUUAUUAUUUUAUCACAAGAAAAUUUUGGAAUACGAAUAAUCGAUAAAAAGACAUUAAAUCAGCUAACAUCGAGUUCCGUGGUCGUUGAGACCUAAAACGCUAAAGAGGAGUGUGAUUCUGUAUUAGUUUUGAUUCGAAAAUAUACUUUGACAAUU